ACUUGUUCUCUUUUUAUAUAUUCUCUGCUCUCACCUCAACUCCACACUAAAAUAUCAAAAGUUAAAAUAUCAAAAAAAAAUGGAUGGGUCGAUGGCUGUGAUCAUCCUUACUGUCAUCGUAACCUACCUUAUAUGGUUCGUUUCUAUACGCCGUUCAUGCAAAGGUCCACGUGUCUGGCCAUUAUUGGGCAGUCUUCCAGCACUCAUCACGAACGCUCACCGCAUGCACGACUUCAUCGCCGAUAACCUCCGCAAGUGCGGCGGCACGUACCAGACUUGCAUAUUCCCGAUCCCGUUCUUGGCUAAGAAACAAGGUCACGUGACCGUCACGUGUGAACCAAAGAAUUUGGAGCAUAUACUAAAAACCCGGUUCGAUAAUUACCCCAAGGGUCCUAGCUGGCAAUCGGUCUUCCACGAUCUGUUAGGAGAUGGGAUCUUUAAUUCGGAUGGCGACACGUGGAGGUUUCAAAGGAAGACCGCCGCGUUGGAAUUCACCACCCGUACGCUUCGCCAAGCCAUGGCUCGUUGGGUUGAUCGAGCCAUCAAGAACCGUCUGGUACCGAUUCUUGAAUCAGCUAUGAGUCAAGCCAAGCCGAUCGAUCUCCAAGACAUUCUUUUACGGCUCACUUUCGAUAACAUUUGCGGCUUAACGUUCGGCAAAGAUCCACGAACGCUCUCUCUAGAGUUUCCUGAGAACGGAUUCGCUGUGGCUUUUGAUGGAGCCACUGAAGCCACACUCCAACGGUUUAUCAUGCCGGAGUUUGUUUGGAAGAUAAGGAAAUGGCUACGGCUCGGCUUGGAGGAUGAUAUGAGCCGAAGCAUCAGCCACAUAGAUCAUUACUUAUCGGAGAUCAUUAAUACACGUAAGCUCGAACUGCUGAGUAAGCAACAAGAUGGAUCAUACCAUGAUGAUCUAUUGUCACGGUUCAUGAAGAAAAAGGAAUCCUACUCAGAUAAGUAUCUUAAAUAUGUCGCGUUAAAUUUUAUCCUAGCCGGAAGGGACACAUCAUCGGUUGCUAUGAGUUGGUUCUUCUGGUUGGUCAGUCUUAACCCACGAGUCGAAGAAAAAAUCAUAAAUGAGAUCUGCACCGUCCUGAUCAAGACGCGGGGUACCAAUGUGUCAAAGAUGACCGACGAGCCGUUGACUUUCGAGGAAAUUGACCAGAUGGUUUACUUAAAAGCGGCAUUGUCCGAAACACUAAGGCUAUAUCCAUCGGUGCCGGAAGAUUCAAAAUUCGUUGUUGCCAACGAUGUUUUACCAGACGGAACAUUUGUUCCAUCCGGAUCUAACGUUACAUACUCGAUAUAUUCGGUCGGGCGUAUGAAAUUUAUUUGGGGUGAAGAUUGUCUCGAGUUUAAACCGGAAAGAUGGUUAGACGAAAACCGGGAAGAUAUAUGCAACCAAUACAAAUUCGUAGCGUUCAAUGCCGGUCCACGGAUUUGUCUAGGCAAAGACCUAGCUUAUCUACAGAUGAAAUCGAUUACUGCUUCGAUUUUGCUUCGGCAUCGGCUUACGGUAGCUUCGGGACAUCGAGUGGAGCAGAAGAUGUCGUUGACGUUGUUCAUGAAGUACGGUCUUAAAAUGGAUGUGCAUAAAAGGGAUUUGACUUCGACGGUGGAGAAAAUGGUGAAUGAGAUGAGUAAAUACGGUGAAGUUAAGUCGGUAGCUGGUGUGGCAUAAGUAACGUGGACGAUGGUGCUGAUUUAUAGUAACUUUAUUAUUGUUGUAAGCAAAUGAAAACACGUAUAUUUGUGAUUCUUGUUUAUUGUUUUAUAUAUAUUGAUUGAUAAUAAAACUGUCUUACAGCUU